AUGCAGGCCGCCCGCGCCCUGCCGCGUCGCCUCCACCGCGCUGCGGGCCACUGCCGCGACGCCACUGCGUCCGCCCGCGUCAAGCCGGCGCCGGCGCCACCGAGCCUCGGCCUCAUGGUCGUCGACGGCGCGCUGCUCCUCUUUGUCUGCGAGGCCUUGAACCAGGUCGGCGGCAAAGAGCUUAGCUUCGAGAAGGCGCUGGCACCGAUGGCCCUCGGCGGUCUCAUGUUCCCGCUCUAUGCACGCAUUGACGCCUUCUUCCCGACCAUGCACAAGCCUGUCGUCUCGGCGCUCGGGAAGCGCAUCUUGCUCAUCAACACCAUGUACCUCGCGCUUCCGCUGGCCGUUGACGAGGUCAUGCAGUCGCAGACGAUCACCGAGGUCGGCCCCGCGCGCAUGGCGUACAAGACAACGUUUGGCGCGCUCAUUGGCGUCUCGACCUUCCUCGGGGUGUGGGGCUCAUUCUUCGCCGCCCACUCGAUCCCACGCAGUAUUGCCCGUCGUGUCUGCAGCGCCGUGGCGUGCGACGCAGCGUGGAAGACCGUGCGCCCGCCCAACGAGCCGCGCAUCCUGUACCCGACGCAGUAGGCACUCCUUUCCAUCUUGCGUGCUGCUACUACCGCGCUCUCGGUUAACAUUGAAUGCAUCCUACCCUCGCCA